CGCACUUCUCGUCUCUGCCAACAGCGAUCGGGAGCUUGGUCUUUAUUCACAAGGUUGCCAUUGUGUGAUGGAGCGGCGCUGACUGCGGCCGGGAGUGAGCCCGCUACCCGGGGCUGGGUGUGAGCCCGGGGGCCGGGAGUGAGCCCGCUACCCGGGGCUGGGUGUGAGCCCGGGGGCCGGGAGUGAGCCCGCUACCCGGGGCUGAGUGUGAGCCCGGGGGCCGGGAGUGAGCCUGCUGCCCGGGAGUGAGCCCGCUGCCCGGGGCCGGGAGUGAGCCCGGGGGCCGGGGCCGAGUGUGAGCCCGGGGGCCGGGAGUGAGCCCGCUGCCCGGGGCUGGGUGUGAGCCUGCUGCCCGGGUGUGAGCCCGCCGCCCGGGGCUGGGUGUGAGCCUGCUGCCCGGGUGUGAGCCCGGGGGCCGGGAGUGAGCCUGCUGCCCGGGGUUGGGUGUGAGCCCGGGGGCCGGGAGUGAGCCCGCUGCCCGGGGCUGGGUGUGAGCCCGGGGCCGCCCUCGGUUCGCCAGCUCUGCGGCUGCACUCUCCAACACGGGCUGACCUGUUGUAUGCAUUUCCUGCACCAGGAGCUUUCGAUAGGUCCACCGCAGCGUUUCCAUAAACGUAAAUUCCUUCUACAGACCGAAUCUCAGGUCCAAGGCAGGAAGACCGAGUGAGCGCUGAUCCCAUUCCCUCUCCUACCUCAGUGCGAGGUGAAAUGAUAGAGACGAGGAAGAGAAGAAAACAGAAAUGUCUGGAAGAUCACACCAUUCAACAGGAGGCAAAGCUGGAGGCAUCGUCAGUGGAUGCACACCAGGAAGAGUUUAUUCUGGAACAUGAGGGUGAGCAAACCUGUGCAGAAGAAAUUGCCUCAAGGGAGGAAGAAGAAGUGCCUCCGAAAGACAAAAGUGAUACUGGAAACAAAGAUACAAAAAGCAAGCCUGCCCUUCAUCAGUGGGCAAAGGUUUUCUUUGGCAGCUGGGCAGCAAUUGCAAGCGGAAUGUUGUAUGCUGUGUACCUUUCUACAUUUCAUGAAAGAAAAUUCUGGUUUUCCAGCAGACAGGACCUCGAACGAGAAAUUUCUUUUCAAGCGGACAGUGGCUUAUACUACUAUUAUUAUAAAAAGAUGUUGCAGGCAACGUCAAUCCAAGAAGGAUUUUUUGAACUGACACACGAUAACAAGACAUUAUCAUUAAGGACCCUUAAUUCGGUGCAGCAAAUCGGUCUGUAUCCGGAGGUCUUUGCUGGCAUUCUGUACCGUAUUACUGGUAGUCGGGAAGCAAUCGAGCCUGUGUAUUUUUACAUUGGUAUAAUAUUUGGGUUGCAGGCAGUUUACGUGACUGCACUGUACGUCACAAGCUGGAUGCUGAGUGGGACGUGGAUGGCAGGCAUGCUUACGGUCAUUUGGUAUAUUAUUAACCGGACUGAUACCACCAGAGUGGAACAUACUGUUCCCUUGAGGGAAAAUUGGGCAUUGCCAUAUUUUGCACUACAGGUUGGGGCGCUCACUGGUUAUCUGAAGACCAACAUUAAUUCUACUAUGGAGGUGUUUUCAUAUCUCCUGAUGUGUGCAUCUGCUUUUGCCUUUAUAAUGAUGUGGGAGAUUAGUCACUAUGUCCUGUUUGUGCAAGCCUUCAGUCUUUUCCUGCUGGAUUGCCUGGAUCUAAUUCAGACCCGUAAGGUAACGGAAGUGUACAGGAUGUAUUUAGUGUGUCUGGCACUGGGAUACUUUACACAAUUCAGAAAUUCUGCUUUGCUUGCUUCCCCGCUUUUGAGUUUCAUUGGUGGUUCACAUCUUGCAAAAUACAUUCAGCAAAACUUGAAAAAAGGUCAUUUUGUAGCAAGGCUGAUGAAACUACUUCUUCAUUUCUACUUAGUUUUCACAGUCUCAAUUACUUUAAAUCUUGUAAUAAAGAAAAUGCUCCCUCAAGAAGAAAAUGAACACAUAUUAAAGUUUUUUGAAGCAAAAUUUGACUUGAAUACUACAAGAGACUUCAGCACGAAUUUGUUGCUCUGUCAGGAAACGUUUCAGACCCCGUCGCAAGAGUUCUUUAUUCGACUGACCCAGACCUGUCUUUUCCCGUUCUCUAUGUCUGUGCUGCUGAUCUGCCUUUUCUCAACCUUGGAAGUCGUUGCCAGAAAGUUUCGUGAUGUGCCACAGAGAAGUGAUGAUUUGCCAGAUAUGGUGGUGAUUGGUGAAAGGCCAGAGGUGGUUUACCACACGCUGCAUAUGGUGCUGUUUGGGUCACUAGCACUGAUGUUCCAAGGCUUAAAGUAUUUAUGGACUCCUUAUGCCUGCAUGUUUGCUGCCUUUGGUGUUUGUUCCCCUGAGCUCUGGAUGACUGUGUUUAAGUGGUUGCGACUGAGAAGAGUGCCUCCGUUGCUUCUGGCUCUUGUGUUGAGUACUGCAGUCCCAACAAUAAUAGGAUUCAGCAUUUGGAAGGAUUUCUUUCCAGAUGUAAUGAGUGAACUCUCUGAACUUCAGGAAUUUUAUGAUUCUGAUACUGUAGAGCUGAUGAACUGGAUCAAACAAACUCCCACUGCAGCUGUGUUUGCAGGAAGCAUGCAACUUAUGGGAACUGUGAAACUCUGCACCGGACGAACAGUGACAACGCACCCACUCUAUUCAGAUAGAGAUCUACGAAAACGGACAGAGGAGAUCUACCAGGUCUACUCCAGGAGAUCCGCAGAAGAUAUUUACAUGAUCCUCAUGUCAUACAAAGCCAAUUAUGUUAUCAUUGAAGAAGGAAUUUGUAAUGACAUGGGACCAGUGAAAGGCUGCCGGGUAAAGGAUUUGGUGGAUGUUGCAAAUGGCCAUAUACUUUAUAACGAAGAUGAUAGCAACACAAACUAUGCGUUUUCACUGUAUGGACGAUUCUGCCAUGAGAUUAAGCUGGACUAUUCUCCCUACAUCAACUAUUUCACGCGUGUCUAUUGGAAUAGGUCUUAUCGUGUAUACAGAGUCAACACCUUGAUAUCAUUUCAAUAUUAGUGAAGAUUGAAGCCUUUUGAGUCCACACUCUCAUUUGUGCUGUAUAUAUUUAAUUUUUGUGUUGAAAUAACAUCUCCUUUUGCAUAUGGACCUUUUGGAAAAAGACACAUUUCUUUUUAACUUAUUUUUUAUACAUUAGCCUGAAACGAAGUACACAUCUUUUUCUUCCCCAGGAUCUGCCAACAUUGUUAUUCAGAAUGGAAGUCUUAAAACAAAAACAUCAAUGCCAUUAAAAUAAGUUAACCCAAAUCCGUUGACUGAGCUGCUGAAGUGAACUGUAUUGUUCAGGUAAAUAAUAUACCUGACUGAGCUACAUGUGGUCUCAAACCACUGCACCUUGAAAGGAGCUUGGGCACUCUUGGGCAUGGUGUACGUAACUCUGUGCCUAAGCUCUGUCGAAAGCUCAAGUGACCAUUUGAGUCAGUAAUAAAUAUUUUUAAAAGUAGAAGUAAUGCUGUAGUGCUCACAGCAUUACUUCUUUUGAUUAUGGACACACAGAGGAGUGGGACUAUAAUGCUGAGUCUGAUGCCUUACAAACAGUUGGUAUAAAGCAUUACUGUGAGAUUGUAACACACAAAAAGUGCUGGAGGAAUUCAGCAGGUCAGGCGACAUCUAUAGAGGGAAAUAAACAGUCAUAACAUUUUCAAAAUAUUAUUUCCCUUCUGAAAUAAACAGUCAUAGAUGCUGCCUGACCUGCUGAAUUCCUCCUGCACUUAUUGCGUAUUGUUCCAGAUUCCAACAUCUGCAGAAUUUUUUGUCUACUAUGAGAUAAUGUUGUCUUUUUUAAUUAAUUGAUAGCAUACACCUAUUAGAGCACUCUAGCUUAACUAUCCAUGUGUUUAAGAUGUGCAGUAAAACAUACCAGUCUUGUGUGGUAUAAUGUAUAACUAGUGAAUGCCAUUUUGUAAUGAAUUAUUAGGUCCAGAUUUUAACUGUGCAGAGCAUUUUCUUUUCAGGUUGAAAGAAAACAUUGAUUUCUAAAGAAUGGUGUAACAAGAUUAUUUGGGUUUUUUUUUGGAAAAAAAAUAUCUUUAGUGUCUCACUUUUGCUGUCAAGUACCAUCUUUUAAAACAUUGGGUGUGGAGAAGGACCAAGGACUACCUGUAGAUGAGCUGCUAGGAGAUAGCUGGGCUUCAAGGUCUUUUAGGCCAGGCCGGUGUCAUGUUCUGCUGACCAUUGAAGUGCCUGAUGGUGAUUCCACUAAUAAGUCAACUUAUUAGACCCUGCUUUGGGAAAAUUGAAGGCAGCUGACUCUGCUUUCCUGCAAUAAGGCAGCUAGUUCCUGAUGAAGAAUGAAACUGGAAAUUAAGAAGUGUAAAUAACAAAUGCAAUUUGUAAUAGGCAUGGUGUACAACACAAAACUAUCUUGGUGACGGGCAAAUUCACUAAAAAAGCUGCAGAACAUCAAGUGUAUAAAUGGAGGAAAAGUGUCGUAUUGGUGCAGAAGAAAGUUAUUUUGCAAUUGAAACUGUGUAGAAGGAAUUUGACUUUGCAUCAGGUUGUUGCCACUCCUCACCCUUGAAUAUUUGAUACACACCUUGGAAGUCUCAAAAUUAAGAUGUUCCUUUCCACAACUUGGUCUUCCUUACAUUCAUAAUCAGAAAAAAUUGAAAAAUCAGAUGAUCUCACAUUUUAUUCCUUUUUAUGCCAUUUAUUCUGUAGUUUUGCAUUUCUAAAAGUUGGCUUCUUGUUAGGUGGAUGAAACUAUGGUAAAAUGAAAAUGGUACCCACUAAGAUUUUUUUUUAAUUGGACUGAGUACGAGGACACUAAGGUCAUGGUAGUUUUACACCUCAACUAUAUUUAUUCACUUUUACUCCAAAUGGCUCUCUUUCCUAAUAAAAAUCUUGUAGGGGGUGGGUGGUGGGAAAUAGCCUGACAUCUGUACCCCAUUGGGGAAAAGGGUUGCAAAAUUUUUGCUAUCCUUGUGCUUUAAAAUUAGAGCCAAGCUACUUAGCCGUCAAAUGAUCAGACCAUACCACCCACCCUAACACACUACGCAAAUGAUCAGACCAUACCACCCACCCUAACACACUACCACCAUCAAAAGACCCUGUUUUCAAUCGAAGGAGAUGGUUGCCUGGUAUUUUCUCUUGUUUUAAACUGUUCAGUUAGAUCAUCCCUCUGCCUGCCAAACUCAAAUACAAACCAGGUUUUUGCAACCUGUUCUUGCAGUCUACAUCUGGUAUAAUUCUGAAUCGGAACUGUACCCAGGAUCAAUAUAUUUCUCCCGAAUGCCUGAAACUGAGGAUGGAACUCGAGUGGUAGGUUAACCAAGCCCCUCCACAUCAUCUCCUUUUCUUUGUGUUCCAGCCUCGUUGAGCUGACCACAGUAUUCCAUUAGUUUAUUUUUCCCCUAUUUUUAAUUUCACUUGUGCACUAGCUUUCAGUGAUAUCCAUGUGGGCACCCAAAGCAAAUUUCUUUUCUACAGCUCUGAAAAUAUUUCAGUCUGAUCUUUCAAUCUGAAGUGAAUGACCUCCACUCCAGUUUAACCCAUGUGUUUACUUCUGUUCAUCUCACAAAUUCUUACUCAAGUCUACACAGCUUGGAUUGUGAAUCAUAAUUUAGUAUUCCAUGCAAACCUAGAUAUCCAACUUUAUUCCUUUGGCUAAGUCAUUAGUUUCUAGGCUGAAAUACUUGGGCUUCUGUACUAUCCCAAGGAAAGACAACCCGGCACAUUUUGCUAAUCCAACUGCAAUCCAUAUAUCCACUCUCUGUAUCCUGUUUCUCACUCAAUUACCAACCCAAGUCACAAGGUUGCCUCCAAGUUGGUGUGCCUUUAUUUAUGCUAAUAAUGUCAUCUGCAGAAUCUUAUCAAAACCCUUUGGGAAAUCCUAAUAGCCAAUUACCUGUACUUAGUCCCUCAACUUGGUUACGUAGUUCUCUCAAAUAUGCAACUAGAUUUAACAUGCAUAACCUUUUCUUCAUAAAUGUAAUACUUGUCUGAUUACUCAAUUACUUGGUCUUUGAUUGGAGUAAGAAAUGUGUAGAUAUGUUGGUUGCUAUACUCUAGUUGUGCCCUUUGAUUGAAAAAUUGCAAACAUCGCUUGUAGUUAAGAACAGAGAAACAAGACAAGCAGAGUUUGAUACAAGUUUUGGGAAGUUACUGUUGGUUAGUCAGUCUUCAAUCAGUUCCCGUAACUCUCCAUCAACUUGCAUUAAAUUGACUGGUCUCUGGUUGCUUAGCUUCUCUCUAAUUAACUAACAGAGUGACACUUGCAGUUUUCCAGUCAAAAUGAACAAUUACUUAAUCUGGAGAAAUUUGGAAAAUUAUAAUUGAUGUAAGGAGAUUACGGAUACAUUUCUUAAUCCUCUCUGAAAGUAGUCAUCAUGUUUGGGACAUUUGUGUACCUUGAACUAGACCAUAUAUGAGAAAAAUCAAAUAUUAUGAUACAGAUUAAUAAAUGUUGGAUAAGACUGGUUGAGAAAAUAAAAGUGGAGGGAAUUGGGAUGAUCUGUGUGCAUCAUAACCGUGCUACACACUGAUAAUCUCCAUAUUACAUGCUGGUCACAUUUUAAAUGGAGUGCAUUACAAAAGGCACAUUAUUUAUCUAGGGUCAGAACUUUAGAUUUAGUGUUUUAUUUUCCGUUUACAGAAUAUAACUAACUCAAAUACUGAAGUCCUAAUCACUUCAACAAUAAAUAUAACCACAGCAUGAGGUUUGUGGUUCUUUUUGGUGCUGUGUAAAUGGUAUACAAAAUUUCUCCCUUCCUGCCUUCCAGUAUCUGUAUUUCCAAUAUUAUAUCCUCUUUUACCACAGUUUUAUGUUCUUAUUACUAUUUUGAUACUUGAGCCCUCCUGUGUGUUGGAUAGUGUAGCCUAUUAUAUUUUAUGACUAUCAUCAGUGUUGCUCUUUACAUCUUGUAGAUACCUAACAUUGUGUCACUAUAGCCAUGAAGCUGCCCUGAAGAAUUUAAGUUUUUUUGGAGGAACGGUUCCUACAUAUGUAGCAUGACUGUUAAUGUCCUGAUAUAUUGUGAACCCUUCAUUAACUUGUAGAUCACCUGCUGUACCCAAGAGAACCUAUGACAACUUGAUCCAUCUAUUCAUUAUACACAAAUUGCUAUGGGACUCCAUCCAUAAAGACCAAAGUUUUACUGUUGAGGCAUCUUGAGAAGUAUGAACACUGAUUUAUUUUGUCUUUUAUUUUGAUCGAUUAUAUGCAUUCCCAGAAUUCAGGAUCCUGUCAAACAAUGGUCUUUGAGAAAAAUAUGUGCAAUUUGAUUCAAGCCUUGGUCUAACAAGAAUUCAUGUUCACUUAGUACAAUGUAUGACCACAAAAUAAUUUUGAGAAAACAAUUGUUUAAAACAGUUAUAAAAUACUGUAACUGCUUUCCUUUUUCAAUUAAAUAAUGUCCUUAUGUGUCAGAUUUCUUUAGAAAGAUCUUUAUUUGUUUUUAGUGCGUUCUGGUGGUACAAAUAGGGGAAGAAAUAGGUCGUUUGUUGCUAACGUUAAGUGUGUGUCAGUAUCAGCACCAGUUAUGCUCUUAAAUUUUUAGUUCCAUUUAAGUCGAUGGAACUCGAUGCGCAGAUGUGAAGAUAACCAGUGGUCAAUACUGCACAUGCAAUUGACAAAAACAAUCAAGGACAAAUUUCUUCCUGUUAGACCUUUAGUACUAAAAUGUUCGCACUCAAAAUGACGUAGUAAAUCUAUGCUUUUUAGUGAUUUGGAUACGCUGUUUAAAGCCAUGCAGUGUUGCAUUGUUAGUUCUAUAACUUAUUUCACUUAUAAAUGUUCACUCACAUUGUUAUCUAGAAGUCCCUUCUAUAAAUAUAAACUUACACAUCAACAUAUAUUGACGGUACUCACUGGAUGUGUCUGAUGCAAUACAAUACUCAAUCAAUGACUACACCAAGUACUUUCUAUAAUCCAGCACCAAAACUGGAAAAAAAUAGCUACAUUGGUAAGGGGAUAAUUCUUCCAUCAUAUGGUUUUGAUACAUGUGGUGCACAUGUCCCUAUUCAUGUGGUGUUUGGUCCACUGGAUUACUUUUGGAAUAUAUACAAAAGAAACACGAUUUUCUUUGUCUAUAGUUAGUCACCUCUUUUACAGUCAUGAAGUCUCCAUUUAUUUCAUUUCUAAAUGUCUCCUAGAAGACGUAAGCAUGAUGAGUAGGAUGACUUAAAAAUGAAGGAAAAGUUAUUUGGUCCAUCACCUUUGUAGCCCAACUCCUUCCCACAAUAAUGUUGUUGCAUUUUAAGUAUCCUUGGUGCUACCUCUGCUGCUUACCUGGCACAUUACACAUUUCAGGAAUGAAAUACUUGGAAUAAGGAAAUUCUAACCAAGAGUUGUUUUAACUUUACACAAUAUUCAGUCUGUAAACUCCUGAGCAUUUUUCCUCCAUGUUGUGCAGUGUUUAACAAACUGCAUGCUUCCUUAUCUUGAGGUCUGUCACUCUGUUCUCGUAAUAUUUUCUUUUGCAUUUGAGUGGGUCACCUUGCCCUUUUCCCGAGCCACUGUAAUUCUCAUGGAGCUUUUUGGAUAUGCUGUUGUUUUUCUUUGAACACAAAUGUGGUCUGACCAGCACAUUGUAUUAAGUAAAAUUCCAAUACCGCUCCCUGAGAGGCUUCUUCCUUGUUCUAUAUUUCAUCAUUCUGUGCUUGUGGCCCAUUGUUCUGGUGUAUUCUCUUUAUUUGCUUAACAAAGCAUGACAAGACUGUAAAAUGAACAGCAUUUUACCAUUUUGUGCUGUGUGAGAGCUGGAGUGAACAUUUAAGGAAUGGCGUACGUGAAUUGUGCACGAAUAUUGGAUUUGAGCAAUUUCCUUUAAAUUCUGUAUAUUUUGCCGAUUGAUAAUUUUGUUUUAAAAGCAUUGAUACUUCUGAAGAAAAACCUAAUGAGUGAAAAGCUUGAAUUGUUGAAAUUUGUGGUGCAAACCUUUGGUCACUUCAAGACUUGGCUUAUUCACCGAAUGCUAUUUGAAGUGUCAGAUAUGCUUCUAGGAUGGAAAAAUAUAUUGUAUGUUGUUAUAUGCUGUAUUUUUUCUAUAUUUCUCUAACUUGAGCUAUCACACAUUUUUAUAUGAUUAAAAUACCAAAGGGAAAUUUUAAUAUUGGUACUUCAUCAAAUGUAUUUUCUGAUACCACCCCCUCUAAUGCACAGAACUUGGUGAAACUUUACAAUUAAAAUGCUGCUGUGUAAAUUGAAAUUGUGGUGGUACUUUCUUGUUUUUCUCAUUAUAUAUUAGUUAGUAAAUACAUCACCUGGUAUGGAGUUGAGCAGUACAGGCUGUGGAAAGCCUAGAUGUUGAUAUUCUUGCUCUGUGCUGAGUUGGGGUUUCAUUGCCCCUUUAGCUCCACCAAUCCUGCAUUGGACAGGAGCUUUCAAGGCCUGGUGACUAUCUUGUAAUCUCUUUUUUUUGUUGUUAAUCUACAUUUAAUAGUAGGUAAAUAUCAAGUUGGUAUGAAUGAUCUAGGAUUGCCAGACAAAUUUUACCCAUUCUAGAUGUGUAUUCAAUUAAUACUGCACACAGAUGGGAACCUUCUGACCUUAAAGUGUCAACCGUGUAUUGUUGACUAGCCCUAACUUGAUUGUGCAUUAUCUAUAUGUAUGUAUCUCAUUCUAUUUUAAAAGAUGUUUGAUUUUGGAAAUGUUGAGUAUACACAGUAAAAGUUAUGCACAAAUGUUUUAAAUAAAAGUUGUGAAUAAUUAA